UGCCGAGCUACGCAUACCGAAUGCUGGAAGAUCAGGCAGAGCAGACAAGAGGUGAGCGCUUUUGUGCCCACAAGAGUGCUUGACGUAGGCUACGCCGAAGCCUCGACGAUCUGCCUUCUUCAAAACGAAGACUGCGUCAAAAUGAUGCCAUAUAUCGCGCUGACACAUUGUUGGGGAGGUUCUCAGCCUUUCAAACUAACACGAGCAACAGUUGCGCGCCUUAGAGCAGGCAUACGAUUGACAGAUCUUCCUAAAACCUUCCAGGAUGCCAUCUACGUAGCUCGAAAGAUGCAGAUUCAGUAUCUUUGGAUCGAUUCGCUGUGUAUUAUACAAGAUGAUCCGGAAGACUGGCAGAGAGAGGCUGCUCGUAUGCGAGAAGUCUAUAGUCAGGCCGUAUGUUGCAUUGCGGCCUCCGCCGCUCAGAAUAGUGAUGCCGGUCUCUUCUUCAACAGAGAUCCGCAAGCCCUUUUAUCUAUGCGAGUUGAAACCAGCAGGGAUCGCCUUCAUGGACAGAACACGAGAGAACCCCUAGUGGCCUAUACAGUUAUUCCUGAUGUGAACACGCCUGAACAGAUCCUCAAUACUGCACCUUUGAACAAAAGAGCAUGGGUUGCGCAGGAACGUUACCUGAGUACCGGAAUCUUCCAUUUCACGCAGGAGUUGAUCUACUGGGAAUGCCAUGAGGAAUUGACUAGCGAA